AUGACUCCUUGUCAGAUCCCGUCGAUCAUUUCUGAGAAAGUACUUCACCACAUGGACGUGGCUGGGCUCUUCGUCGAGAAGUUGAUGCUGCGGUACGGGGCCAUGCGGGAGAUUGCAAUGGAGUGCCGGACCGGUCGAGGAUGGCAUGUCCGGAGUUGUGGCACACGUGACAACGGCUGCACGGAAGUCAUGGGAAGUGUGGUCGCGCAAGGGUCCGGGGAGGCCGGCGGAGAGCCACAGGCGGUUGGCACACCCGAAGGGGAUAGCGUGAUUGGAACGCUUCCACUCACAACGCCGGACGUUUCAUCAACCAAGACGGCUGCCUUGUCGCAGGGCUGA